CGGCCGUCCUCCUCUACUCGCGGCCGCCAUCAGCCAGGAUGCAGAUCUUCGUCAAGACCCUGACGGGCAAAACCAUCACCCUCGAGGUCGAGAGCAGCGACACCAUCGACAAUGUCAAGGCAAAGAUCCAGGACAAGGAAGGAAUCCCGCCGGACCAGCAGCGGCUCAUCUUCGCCGGGAAGCAGCUGGAGGACGGCCGCACCCUGGCCGACUACAACAUCCAGAAGGAGUCCACCCUCCACCUCGUGCUCCGCCUCCGCGGUGGCAUCAUCGAGCCCUCCCUCCAGGCCCUCGCCCGCAAGUACAACCAGGAGAAGAUGAUCUGCCGCAAGUGCUAUGCAAGGCUGCAUCCAAGGGCUGUCAACUGCCGCAAGAAGAAGUGUGGUCACAGCAACCAGCUGAGGCCAAAGAAGAAGAUCAAGAACUAGGACUCCAGUCAUUGUUAUUCACGUGGUCAACUAGACAAAAGUUUUCUCUUGUUUUGUUUCCUCUGUGUUAUCAGGACGUUGAAUCUAACUCUAUGAUAGUACUUGGCCUUGUAUUGUCAUGAUGGAGACAAUAUAUAUGAUUGUUCAUGUUCA